UUAAUUUGAUUAAAGUCAUUUUAUAUAAUUACAAAAGAAAUUGUUACAUUCGAAUCACGUUACCUCAACUACGGUAUUUGAUAGCUAAUGCUACAAACAUACGAAAUAUCCCGCGUCAAAUCUUCUAUUAAAAUGAAGAUAAACUGAUCACCAUGUCGCUAGGCAACAGUAGCCGAAGCGGUCAUCUGUUGCCUAGAAAAUCUAAAUCUUUGUCACACUUCAACGUCACUCACAAACGUCACAAAAUGGGAACAGAAUUAGCCGGAAAAAAAGAAAAUAUGGCGGCCGCAGAUGGAGGGGGAACACAAAAUAAAUCUGCAACUAUUCCUAGUACUCCUAAAGAUCCCAUGAAAUCAUCUUCACCAGUGCACAGAGUCACAUCAGCUGACAAUCAAAUAAAACAUAAAGAAGAUCACCCAAAUAGUCUCAGUAAUAAUCACAAAUCUAAUAGCUAUGUGGAAGGUAAAUAUCGAAUGGUAAUUACAUCAGAAAGGCUCCUAAAGCUCAGGAAAACCAUGGAAAUGGCCACCAGAGAUCACAAAGUUUUCUCAAUUAGAGGUGGUUGGCCUGUGAUUAGAAGAGAAUUGUUGAAGAGAAAUUGGUUGGAAAAAGUCGAACCGGCCGUGAAACAAAAAUUUUCUGCUAUAGACGACGUCACUAGUAAUUUACCAGCUAAACAGGAUUGGGAAUCGACCCAAUCGUACGAGGAAAAAUGCGAAAAAACGAUCAUAUCGAGAAUGCUACAAAAUUACGACGUCGAUUUUUAUUGGAGUAUGAGAAAAGAUCAAUGCGAUUUACAACACAGGGCGAACUCUUUUAAAUUACUCAAUAGAUUCAGCAGAUCGCUCUAUGCCUCUAAAGAAGGACUGGCUCUUUUGUUACAACAAUCGUAUUGGUACAACGAAAGCGGCGUUGCCAGUAUUAAUUUCCCGAGAACUUACGUAUUAGGUUUUCCAGACCAUUACAAUUUUUUCGUAGACGAUUUCAGAAUGACAGCUUGUUUGGGUCUUCUGAAAUGGUUCGAAGAAACUUACGAAAACGGCGACAAACACGAUAUUCAAUCGGCAGAAGGAAAAGUUCCUUAUGCAACUUUACAAUUCGCAAUUGACAGAUGUAACGAUUAUAUAGCCAAGCAAAAACAUUUAGAUAUAGAUAAAGAUUUGCCUCAAAUUUGGGAUCACGAAUGGGAACAAUUUUUAUCGAAUUAUUAUAACAUCGUACAUCAAGGUGGAUAUUUCAUAGAUUUUUCCGAAUCUUUAACGAACGCUUACGCUAACGUAAAAUCGACGCUGAAAGAAAUGCGACAACACUGGCCUCAAUACGGCAUCGACGGACAGAAAAACAUUUGGAUUUUGAAACCCGGCAAUAAAUGUAGAGGUAGAGGUAUCUAUUUGGUUAAAACUAUCACCGACGUUGAUAAAGUGAUGAAUUUAAAAAUGAAAUACGUCGUACAGAAAUAUAUAGAACGGCCGUUGAUUAUAUAUAAGACGAAAUUCGAUAUACGACAAUGGUUUUUGGUCACGUGUACGCAACCUCUCACGAUUUGGAUGUACAGAGACUGCUAUUUACGGUUUAGCGGACAAACUUUCAGUCUAGAUAAUUUCCACGAAUCGCUCCAUUUAACGAACCACGCGGUACAGUGCAAGUACACGAACAUGGAACAAAGAGACAAAGCCUUACCCGUAGAUAAUAUGUGGGACAGUCAUACUUUCAAGGCUUAUUUAAAACAGAUCGGAUGCGCGCAGAAAUGGAAUGAAAUAAUCUACCCAGGAAUGCAGGAAAGUAUAACUUGCGCGAUGUUGGCCAGUCAAGAUACGAUGGAUAGAAGACAGAACACGUUCGAAAUGUACGGGGCGGAUUUUAUGUUAUCCGAAGAUUUCACGCCUUGGUUAUUGGAACUGAAUUGUAGUCCGGAUCUUUCUUUUUCUACCAGUGUCACCAGCAAGCUAUGUCCUCAAGUUAUGGAAGAUAUAAUUAAAGUGGUAAUCGACAGACGGAAAGAUCCGAACGCCGAUACGGGAUUAUUCGAUUUGAUUUACAAACAAAAUUUUCCGAGAACGCCCCCCUAUUUGGGUAUGAAUCUCUCGGUGAGAGGUAGAAAAAUUUUCCGGAGUCGAUCUAAAAUAAAAGACAAAGAAAAAAUCGAAAAAGAAAAAACGUUGAUGCGUUUGAGAAAACAAGAUUUCGUGAAAACCGAAUUCAUCAGGGAUAGCCAAAUAAGAAAGAUGCUUCCGAUACCGAAAACUCUGCCGAUAAAUGUUUAUAAAGGACCGGUGAUUGCGGAUUUUAUAGAAGAUUUGCAAAAAUCGUCGAACGCCAUAGAUACCGGCGUCGAUUUUAUACCGAUCGUAAGAACCGAAUCGAAUAAGAAGAAAUACGAUUUCGGGAAAAUAAAUACGAGGGUAUUGCGAUGUUGCACGACUAAACAACAAAAAACAACGGGAAAAGCCCGAGCAAAUCGAAACGUAAAAGAAAGCAGUAGAGAGAUAAUACGAUCCUGUAAUAAUACAAGUAAUUGGACCAACUUCAAACUAACAUUAGAAGAUACUGCCAGUCUAUUAAAGGGGACCAAUCAUUUAAUUAAAAAUAAAAACGUUUUUGAUGACUUCAAUAAAAAUUCUUAUAAAAGUCUGAAUAUUAAUGUGUUCGAUCUAAAUGAGAUGCUUAAAAAUAUCGAGAAAUAGUCUGUAGUCGAUUGCAAAAUUUUCAUUCGAAAAUCAUAUCGAUAGUUAAUUAAAAUCGAUAAACAAACUUCAUCUUUUUCUAUUGACAGUAAAAACACAUACAUAUCUAGUAAGUAACGACAUACGUUCUUUUGGAUGCUUCAAUAUGACAUCAUCAUGUUGAAAACAGCUAGCGACAAAUAAUAAACUAGACAGGGUCGGUAUCAGGAACAAAAUGUCUAAAUAAAAAUUAGAAAAAUAUUAACUACUAAUUUAUUUAGGAAUAGAGGAAACUAAUAAGCGCGUUUGAAAUUAUUGGAACUAUUCCCUAUACGGGGAGAUUGCACCUUUGGGAGUAAUUUGAAAUCAAAUGUUUAAUUUGAACAACAAAAAGUUAUCCAAAAAAUAAAAUGGGAUUAAAAUUAUAAAAAUGAAAUUUUCUUAUUUCAAGCCGUAAAAUUCAUAUAUACAACGUGUUUAAUAACAAUUCAGGAGCUGUAGGUGAAACCGGAAAUUAAUCAACUCCAUCUUCAGUUACCGUUAUUAAUUUUGACUUCCGUUUCCGACUUUCCGGUUGUUCUCAGUUAUUUUCAAUAUAAUAUUUGUCUUUAAAUCAAUUGUUACGUGAAUAUUGAUAUGAUUAAUAUGGUUAACUUGUCUAAUUAUAUCUUAAAUUACGUCAUUACAUCUUGAAAAAAUUAAAUAUUUAUUUUAUUGUGCAUAUACA